AUGAAAGCAUUCUUGGAUUUUAGGUGCUCUGUAAUUGAAAGACGUGCAAGGUUUAAGCUUUCACAAGCAAAAGACAGAAGCCAUAUUGUUGAGGGUAUCAUAGUGGGGCUUGAUAAUUUAGAUGGAGUCAUUGACAGGAUCAGGAAAGCUUCAAGCCAUGCAACAGCGUCAGCUGAUUUGAGGAAAGAAUUCAAUUUGUCUGAGAAACAAGCUGAAGCUAUAAUGGACAUAAACCUAAGGAGGCUUACACUUCUUGAGAGAAAUAAAUUUGUCGAGGAGGGGAAGUCUUUGAUGGAACAAAUUUCAAAACUAGAGGAGCUUUUGUUGAGCAAGAAACUCAUAUUCCAGAAGUUCGAGAACGAUAUUUAA